CGCAGGGAGCACGGAGAGACGCGUCUGCCAAGUCCUGUCCACCCCACUUGGUGACGUGCAGAGCGGCGCACAGACAGGCGACUUACCGAGCAGCACACAGCCGCUCCCGGUGCACAGUGUUGUUCCUUCUGCUGUAAAAUGCAACAGCGCUCUUUGCGGGGAUAAAGACAGCAUUCAUACAUAAAGCAGCGUCGUAGAGAAAAACAAGGACAAACGCCGGGGGACAGGAGCAGCGAGCGACCGGGGAGGUGUAGACGGCAAUACUCAAAAGAUCUAAUUUGUCUGUGAUGAGCAUCCCCAUCCACCAGAGACCAAAGGCAUCCCACUCUUCGCCACUGGGAGAAAUCAAUGCCAGGGUGUAGAACAAAGAGAAAACCCCCUCUGACUUCACCAAGGCCUGCCCCCGUUGUUCCCUCUGAGAGGAAGAGGAAGUGAUGUCACGCCACCACCACCGCUUUGAGAGGGACUACCGGGGACCCUGGGAGCGGAGAGACAUCCGUCCUUCUGGCCUCCACAAUGGAGGAGCCAAUCAUAGCUGUGCCUCUGCCGUCGUCAAUGGCAACAACCGUCCGGGGCUCCUUCCCCUCCCGGUCAUCCCCUCUCUCCUCCCGACCCCGGUUACAGUUGCCGUGACAACGUCGAGUGGCGACAUAGCGGUCAAGCGAGGCAUCACGGCGGCGGGAUCAGUGGCUUCCGCUUCUGCCAAGGUCUCCGGUCUGUCUCCAGGAGACAACCAGACCCCAGGACUGCUGCUGGCUCCGGGGGUGAGGUGGGGACAGACGCCCAUCAACCAGCUCACACCCUGGGAUACAGAUGAGCCCCCUGCGAAGCAACAUCGAGACAGCGAGCCCACGGGUCCGACCUGGGCUGCACCAGUCGCAGCGGUGAGCCAGCCCAGCCUCCUGCCCCACACCUACGCCCUCCCCCAGCCGCCCUCCUUCAGCCACAGUGUGACCGCGCAGUCACCCAUCAUCGGAGUAACCCCUUCCAUACAGGCGCCGGUCCCCCCGCAGCACCCUCUCAUGACAGCUCACUUCCAGCUGACGCCACAGUCCACCCAGCAGCCGCCCUCCAUGGUCCUGAGCAUGCCCAGCCAGCCUCCGUACCCCUCUGCUCAAACCACCUCCGCCCUCGCCGCCCAAGCCAACCAGGUGGUCCAUCCAAACCCUCACAGCGUGAUGGGCAACGGCCACUUAACCUCUCAUCCGGGCCUCAUCCAGCCCCCCGCUCUGCCUCUGACCAACGGACAGGCGGCCGCAGCAGCGGCGGCGCAGGCUCAGCCCACAGCCGCAGACAAUCAGGACGGACCGAACGGACUUCAAAUGCUGCGGACAGUCGGGAUGGGAAAGUACGAGUUCAGUGACCCGGGACAUCCUAAAGAGAUGUUGAAGGAGUUGAACCAACAGCGCAGAGCGAAAGAGUUUACAGACCUGAAAAUUAUUGUUGAAGGCAAAGAGUUUGAAGUCCACCAAAAUGUUCUAGCUUCCUGCAGCUUGUAUUUCAAGGACCUGGUGAAAAGGUCAUCGGGGGAGACGAGGAGCAGCGAGACGCUGGAGCUGACCAUGAGCAACAUCAGUGCCGACGUGCUGGAGCAGCUGCUCGAGUUCGUGUACACGGGGUCGCUGGUCAUCGACUCGGCCAACGCCAAGACGCUGCUGGAGGCCGCCAACAAAUUCCAGUUCAACACAUUCUGUAAAGUCUGUGUCUCCUUCCUAGAGAAACAAUUGACUGCAGCGAACUGUCUGGGAGUGCUGGCGAUGGCUGAAGCCAUGACUUGCACGGAGCUCCAUAACAUGGCCAAAGCUUUCGCCCUGCAGAACUUCCCUGAGGUGGCGGGACAAGAGGAGAUUCUGAACGUGUCCAAGGAGGACCUGGUGGCCUACCUGUCCAACGACAGCCUCAACACCAAGGCUGAGGAGCUGGUCUACGAGACGGUCAUCAAAUGGAUCAAACAAGACCCCGACUCCAGAGUGCAGACUCUGUCAGAUCUGCUGGCGGUGGUUCGUCUUCCCUUCAUCCACCCGUCCUACCUUCUGAACGUGGUGGACAACGAGGAGCUCAUCAAGUCGUCGGAGGCGUGUCGCGAUCUGGUCAACGAAGCCAAGCGCUACCACAUGCUGCCCCACGCACGGCAAGAGAUGCAGACACCCAGGACUCGGCCGAGGCUCUCUGCUGGUGUAGCCGAGGUGAUAGUUCUGGUGGGAGGGCGUCAGGCGAUCGGGAUGAACCAGCGCUCCCUGACAGCAGUCACCUGUUUCAACCCUCAGAACAGUAAGUGGUACCCGCUGGCCAGCCUGCCCUUCUACGACCGCGAGUUCUUCAGUGUCAUCUCGGCGGGAGACAACAUCUACCUGUCAGGCGGCACAGAGUCUGGAGUGAUGGUGGCUGACGUUUGGUGCUACAUGUCCCUGCUGGACAACUGGAACCUGGUGUCCCGCAUGACGGUGGCCCGCUGCAGACACAACAGCCUGGUAUACGACGGCAAGCUCUACACCAUCGGAGGACUGGGCGUUUCAGGGAACCUGGACCACGUAGAGAGGUACGACACCAUCACCAACCAGUGGGAGACGGUUUCUCCUCUUCCCAAGCCGGUCCAUUCUGCCGCGGCCACGGUGUGCGGAGGGAAGGUGUACGUGUUCGGAGGCGUGAACGAGGCCGGGCGCUCGGCAGGUGUCCUCCAGUCCUACGUACCGCAGAGCAACACCUGGAGCUUCAUUGAAUCACCCAUGAUAGAUAACAAAUACGCCCCUGCAGUGAGUCUAAACGGUUUUAUAUUCAUCCUGGGAGGAGCCUACGCUCGGGCCACCACUAUCUACGACCCAGACAAAGGCAACAUCAAGGCCGGUCCCAACAUGAAUCACUCCCGGCAGUUCUGCAGCGCUGUGAUCCUGGACGGGAAGAUCUACGCCACAGGAGGCAUCGUGAGCAGCGAGGGUCCUGCCCUCGGCAACAUGGAGACCUUCGACCCCUGCACCAACAGUUGGACGCUUCUGCAGUCACUGCCCUGCCCGCUCUUCAGACACGGCUGCGUGGUCAUCAAGAAGUACAUUCAGAGCGGGUGAGAGCCGCUCAGACCUGAUUUCACUGGGUUGACGGCAAACACCAGCUGAGCUCCGGUUUGUGGGACGAUGUGCGACGGCAGCUUAGGGCCGGGCCUGUUGGUCGGCGACCUCUGGACUUGACGCCAGCAUCCAUCCACUCUUGUUAUCUGUCCCACCACCUAAAAAAAGCCCUGUGCAGAAUGUACUCAUGUUCAGCUACUCAGCCAUGUCAGGUGAUGAUGCCUAACCUCCAGUACUGUAUGUAUCAUGGUAGUAGUUCAUCCUCUCAUCCAACAGGCACAGGGACCCUCUUAGUAAAUUACUUGGUUAUCAAAAAAGUCAUCAUUGUUUAAGUUCUGUCCUUUCCAAAUGUCUAUAAACUCACCACCUCCCUAUUUCUUUACUAUACUCUGACUCAGUGCAGCGAAAACCAUUGCAGGUCCAAAUUUUUGUCCCAUUUGAAGAAUCAGUUUCACAGUCAUUCAUUAGAGAACAGCUUCUUUGUGGUGUAUGAAAGUUUUUCAGUGGUGACAUCUACAGGGCAGGAGGAAAAGUGAAGGAAGGGAAUCGACUGUUUUUGUCUUUAUCAGUGCAUGUGACGAGUUUCUUCUCUCUCGACUAUGUCAGGAAGCGGAAUUCAUACUGUGAGUUUAAAUUUAUGAGGAAAUUUUAAAAACAUAUUGUGAACUCUUUGUAACCCGGUUCUAUAAAUGACUUGUUAAACACAGGAAAAAAACAAACCUACCGGUUCUUGUGAAAUUCCAGCCUGAAAAGACAUCAUCUGCAGGGUGAUUGAUUCACACUCUGUUGCUCUCUGGGACAAAAGCAGCACUGCAUUCAGAGAGAGGGAAUUCCUCCUUCUGCUAACCUCUGAUCAGAUGUUCAACCUGGGACAGUUCCUCCGGAAAAAAAGCACAAUAAUCACCUGUGACUGUUAUCAUAGUUAUCUGUUGAUUCAUGUUUUAUGUCCUUCAUCUGUAUCCCUCCCCCACCUUCUUUUUGUUUUAUACAAUGUGAUUCAUGCAACCCACAAAUGAUUUUGGGUUGGUAUUCUGUAAAUACAGGAAGGAAAUAUGUAUAUUUUAAAACCUGAAGGCAAUUCUGUAUAAAUGUUUUUAGAAAAAAACUGAUAUGUUGGAUUCAAAAUGUUAUGUCUGUAAAUCUGUACCCAAAAAGGAGAAAUUAACAAUUGUUAUUAUUGAAACCUAAUACAUAUACCAGAACAUGGA